GCGCUUCGAGCAACUGUCAAAUUUGUUGACUACUCAAAUACCGCUUUGCAAUACACAAACUGCAAAUCACGCUUCUAAUAUAUAAGUAUCUUCAUUAAUUGAUAUAAACCUUUAAAGUAAUUGCAACAAUAUGAGUUCCAUUGGUACUGGGUAUGAUUUAUCUGCUUCACAAUUCUCUCCGGAUGGUAGAGUAUUCCAAGUGGAAUAUGCUAUGAAAGCUGUUGAAAACAGUGGCACAGCUAUAGGUCUUAGAGGAAAAGACGGUGUAGUCUUUGGGGUUGAGAAGAUUGUAACAUCCAAAUUGUAUGAGCCUGGUGCUAACAAAAGGAUAUUUAACAUUGAUAAACAUGUUGGAAUGAGUGUUGCAGGUUUGAUUGCUGAUGCUAGACAAUUGGUUGAUAUUGCAAGAAGGGAAUCUGCAAACUACAGGUCUCAGUAUGGAGUGAGCAUACCAUUGAACUAUUUGAAUGAUCGUGUCAGUAUGUACAUGCAUGCUCACACUCUGUACAGUGCAGUGAGACCUUUCGGUUGCAGUAUAAUCAUGGGAAGUUUUGAUCCCCAAGAAGGACCAAACAUGUUUAUGAUUGAUCCAUCAGGUGUUUCUUAUGGUUUCCAUGGAUGUGCUACUGGCAAAGCAAAACAGUCGGCUAAAACUGAAAUUGAGAAGUUGAAGUUAUCUACUAUGACUUGCAAGGAAUUGGUCAAAGAAGCUGCAAGAAUUAUUUAUUUAGUUCACGAUGAACUGAAGGAUAAGAAUUUCGAAAUGGAAUUGUCUUGGGUUUGCGAAGAAACUAAAGGAAAACAUGAACGCGUGCCCGAAUCGUUAUACUUGGAAGCUGAGAAAUCUGCUAAACAGGCCAUGGAGGCCGAGUCAGAUUCUGACACAGAAGAUAUGUAGUGUUUAAAUAUACAUUAUUUUAAGUCUUUUUUAACUUAACUGUUCAUUAAUAUAUUUUCUUUUUCAAAACAUAA